AUGCAAAACGAGCCGCUAGUAAAGGUUGAUGUGGACGAGACAGAAGAUACGGAGUGGAAUGAUAUUUUGAGGCAACAUGGUGUAAUUCCUCAAAGACCGCCUUCUCCUACCGCUCAGCUCGAAGAAGCCCUGGAAGAGGCGCUUGCGAAACAGCACGAAAACCGCCUGGAAGGGCUAGACUUUUCCGAUUUGGAGGAGCUAGAAGAUGAAGAGGAUGAAGAAUUCUUAGAUAUCUACAGAAGAAAAAGAAUGGCGGAGAUCCAAAAGUUGCAGGAGAAAUCUAAAUUUGGCCAGGUAUUUCACAUUAAUAAACCAGAGUACAACAAAGAGAUUACGGAGUGUAGUUUGGGUUCCAAAGAGAAGGAGGAUGACGGCGUUUACGUGUUUGUGCAUAUGUCUCUCGAAAGCAAAAUGCAGAGUAGAAUACUCUCAAGCCUUUUCGAUCAGGCAGCUAGAAAGUUCCCGCAGAUCAAGUUCGUUGAUAUUCCUGCUAAUAGAGCUAUAGAAAACUACCCCGAAAACAACUGCCCGACGUUGAUUGUGUACUACCGCGGUCAAGUGCUCAAGAACCUGGUUACGCUGCUUGAACUUGGGGGCAAUGACACCAGCAUAACCGACCUCGAGAACCUUAUGGUCAAGGUAGGAGCAGUCGACGAGAAAGAUGAGAGGCUGGCAAUUAAUGCUGAUGAUGACGAAGCUAGAGAGGAAAGGGCUAAUCGCUACACAAGGAAAGGAAUAAAGUCCGGUAUCACGGGGAAAUUUAACCUUGGAGUCGGCAGAGACAGCGACGAUGAUGAUUUUUUUGAUUAA